AUGGAGCAUCGUGGCUCUGAUUUUUCUUUUUCCAUCGCGAAAGUAGAGUCUACAAUUAUUGUACGCCGGAAAUUAUUCACGGUCGCGAUACUAGUCUUUACUUUUUUAAAUAUUUUUUUUUCUAAUUGCUCGAUAUAUCGCGUAUUAGAGUCGCGGGCAUCACUGAAGAGGAGUCUUGGGCGAUGCUCCAUAAGGAAAGAGUAUGAAUUUUUUGAUUUUGCCGAGUUCCUGGAUAUCCCGAUGAUGGCUUUCUUCACGACUUCCGUCUUGAUGAAUCUUCUCCUACAAGGCAGCCUCCUAUCUGGUGUUUUCCAUCCUCCUACUUGACUGUCGGAAGAAGAGUAUAU